AUCCAGGACCAGACACAGGAAACAUGGGGUGCUUCAUGAAAGGCUUCCUUUGGAUCAUUCUCAUUCCUCUCUCAAUGCAACAGCUCAGCUCACUCUGUCCAGCCCAGUGUGAGUGCGAAGCCAAUGGUGAGGUCAGAUGCUUUGGGGUUGAAAUCGCUGAUAUACCAGGGCCUUUACCAUUGACAUACACACUGAAGCUCAUAGGCACCAACAUGACUGUGAUUCAUGAACACAGUCUGGAGAAGAUGGAGUACUUGACUCGUUUCUCUCUGAUUGGCAGUCAUCUUAGCACCAUCCAUCCUUUAGCUUUUCAUCUACGACCAAAACUCUUGACCAUCGAGUUGUCAGUCAAUGACCUCUCUGAUCUGCCUGCCCAAGUUUUCCAGCCACUUGAGGUUCUGCAGCAGCUGUUCUUAGACCAGAACCAACUCGAGACGCUACCCCCAGGUGUUUUUGAUGGCCUUGUAGCACUGAACUUCCUGGAUCUCAGGUACAACAAGCUAGGAGUUCUGGAUCCAGGGGUUUUCAGUAAAAUGACCAAGCUCGACACGCUGCGCCUUUCAGGGAACUCAAUCAGAAGGCUACCAGCGACGAUCUUUCAUUCCCUGACUGAACUUGAAGCACUAUUGAUCAAUGAUAAUGAGUUGGAAGCUCUUGAUGCCGGGCAGUUUGAUGGACUGGUGAAUCUACAGUACCUGAAGAUUCAUAAAAAUCAAAUUGGUACACUUCCUCCUAAUAUUUUUUGGUCACUUAACAACUUGUCACAACUCACCUUAUCCUCCAACCAACUUCAGUGGGUCCCUGAGAGAAGUUUCUACAACAUGCCCAAGCUGACUAAGUUGACUCUCUACAGCAAUCCCUUGUUAUCCUUGCCAGACCAGCUGAUGGGCUCCAUGCCUAAAAUGCAGCAGUUUUAUCUGCACUAUACCAACCUCACCACUGUUCCAGGAAACCUGUUUGCCAACAUGACCGGACUCUUGGCUCUAAAUCUCCAUCUUAACCAUGAGCUAAGAGACCUGCCUCCAGACCUGUUUUGCUGCCUUCCAAACCUGCAGGAGCUUUCACUGAGAUCCAACAGACUUUCCCAACUACAUCCAGAUCUUUUCUCCAGACUACAGUCUCUGCAAAUAUUGAAACUUCAAUCCAACUCUCUAAGAAGCCUCCCAGAAAACAUUUUUCAAAAUCUCAGGAAAAUUAUGACCAUUGAUCUUAAGGACAAUUCUUUGGAGACUCUUCAUGGGACCAUGUUCUCGUCCAACGCAAAUGUGACUGAUGUUCAUCUCAGUGGAAACCCCUGGAACUGCAACUGCAACAUCAGAGGUAUUGCCUGGUGGAUAAAAAACAACCAGGGCGUGGUUCCUGACAGAGAUCAAGUGGUGUGUCACAGUCCCAAUUCUGCCAUCCACAGUCCUCUUGCUGCUUUCAUUGAGUUUGACCAUUGUGAGACGACUCCAUCAACACCUACAACACAAUCUACUGUGAUGGAAAAAUCAGAACACCUGACUGCACCUGUGAACGAAGUGCAGUCUGUUACUUCUCUCGCGACGCCAACUUCUACAGUCCCCACCCAGGGCCUGACACCCCCACCAAUACCUGCAACACAUUCUACUGUGAUGGAAUAUUUGGAAAUCCAAACUGCACCAAUAUUAGCGUCUGCUGCUCCUCACGCGACGCCAGCUUUUCCCGUCCCCACCCAGGGCCUGACAUCCCCAUCAAUACCUGUGACGCCAUCUACUGUGAUGGAAAAAUCAGAACACCUGACUGCACCUGUGAACGAAGUGCAGUCUGUUACUUCUCUUGCGACGCCAACUUCUACAGUCCCCACCCAGGGCCUGACACCCCCAUCAAUACCUGUGACGCCAUCUACUGUGAUGGAAAAAUCAGAACACCUGACUGCACCUGUGAACGAAGUGCAGUCUGUCACUUCUCUCGCGACACCAACUUCUACAGUCCCCACCCAGGGCCUGACACCCCCACCAAUACCUGCAACACAUUCUACUGUGAUGGAAUAUUUGGAAUUCCAAACUGCACCAAUAUUGGCGUCUGCUGCUUCUCGCAUGACGCCAACCUUUCCCGUCCCCACCCAGGGCCUGACACCCCCAUCAAUACCUGUGACGCCAUCUACUGUGAUGGAAAAAUCAGAACACCUGACUGCACCUGUGAACGAAGUGCAGUCUGUUACUUCUCUUGCGACGCCAACUUCUACAGUCCCCACCCAGGGCCUGACACCCCCAUCAAUACCUGUGACGCCAUCUACUGUGAUGGAAAAAUCAGAACACCUGACUGCACCUGUGAACGAAGUGCAGUCUGUCACUUCUCUCGCGACACCAACUUCUACAGUCCCCACCCAGGGCCUGACACCCCCACCAAUACCUGCAACACAUUCUACUGUGAUGGAAUAUUUGGAAUUCCAAACUGCACCAAUAUUGGCGUCUGCUGCUUCUCGCAUGACGCCAACCUUUCCCGUCCCCACCCAGGGCCUGACACCCCCAUCAAUACCUGUGACGCCAUCUACUGUGAUGGAAAAAUCAGAACACCUGACUGCACCUGUGAACGAAGUGCAGUCUGUUACUUCUCUUGCGACGCCAACUUCUACAGUCCCCACCCAGGGCCUGACUCCCCCAUCAAUACCUGUGACGGCAUCUACUGUGAUGGAAAAAUCACACCAGACUGCAGCAAUGAACGAAGAAACGUCUGCUGCUUCUUUGGCAACACAAACCUCUACAGUUCCCACCUUGAACCUGACAUCGCAGCCCUCCUUCACCCAAACCAUAGCGACUCAGUUAUGUAAUGACGGCUCAUCACCACCAUUCACUGACACACUGGUACUGGAGGAUGGCCCUGAAUUUGUUCAUCACAUCCAGCACAGCGGGUGGACGUACGUGUGGUUUCUGCCCUCAGACACGACCCUUGGUAGCUUCCUCAUGAUCUGUUGCAUCUGUCUUGUAGCAACAAACACGGUCCUUAUUCUUGCUUCCAUUUAUGGCUUGUAUCUGCUAGGAGAGAGCAUGGGGAUGAUAAAUGCUGAGUAUGCACUCAUCAAGUCGCCCAGUAAAGCGAAGUAGUGUCUAUUUUUUCAAACCUUUUAACCUGUAAUUAAUGAGUGACACAAGUUGUUUUAAUUCUUUUUGUUGUUUUUGAAUCAAAUCUUAUUCUGCAUAUUCAGCACGAGAAUUUUAUUACACAUUUUUCUCACUUUGAAACAACACAAAAUGCUAAAUAAAUGAAGCUCAAGCCCAGUCUUCUACCACUGUGAUUCCUGUUAAGGUCAUGCUUUUUUCCAUGAGUUAGCAAAAUAAAAAAAAGCAGCUGCCUUCACAAACUUGUCUCCUCUUAUCACCUCAUUCAUUUAUCUGCACAGACCGACAUCACCAACGAGCAAAACCAAUUGGCU